AUGUCAUCUACCAACACGGCGCGGCUUUGCGACAACGAUACCGCGCUACUCGUCGGCGGGACACCCCCCCACGAUCAAGCACCCUCGGCAGCAACCACCGCUGCUCAGGCGACGCUGGAAGAAGAGCAAGUGGCCCGCAUGACAUCCCUUGGGCGGAAGUUCGAAGAGUCACUCCGUGUCACCCAUGAAACAAGAGUGGCCUUGGAAGAGCAGGUUUCCACCAUGUCCGCUCAUGAACGCAACCUCCAGGAUUUACUUCGCGUCGCCCAGGACAAAGCUCACCUCGCGCAUGUUUUAGAAUCCACGGACCACUCAUCGGCUUCUCGCCUCAAGCGAUGA